AUGCACAUUAAGAACAUUCUGAUUUCGGGGUUUCGCUCGUACCGAGAACAGUCAUUUAACGUUGAUCUUUCACCGAAAAACAAUGUUAUUGUAGGGAAAAAUGGUUCGGGCAAAUCGAAUUUCUUUGCAGCAAUUCAAUUUGUUCUAAGUGAUAAGUACGGUACAUUGACAGCUGAAGAGCGCAAAGAACUUUUCCAUGUCGGCUCUGGAAGGCCUGCCUUGUCCAUUUUUGUGGAGAUUAUCUUUGACAACUCGGAUGGCCGUCUUAUCAUUCCAGGAAGAGCGGAAGAAAAGGAGGUACGGAUACGGCGCACGGUUGGACUAAAGCAAGAUGAGUUUCGCGUGAAUGACCGUAGGUUUACCGCCACGGAAGUGAGGCAGCUGUUGGAGAGUGCAGGGUUUUCUGCAAGCAACCCUUACUACGUCGUGGAGCAAGGUAAGAUUGUGAGCCUAGCCAACAUGAGUGACGAAGAGAGAUGUCAACUUAUUAAGGAUGUUGCUGGCACCAAGGUCUAUGAAUCACGGCGCAAAGAAAGUGAAGAAAUCUUGGAAGAAACCUCUGGAAAGUACCAAAAAAUUGAAGAAUCCAUCACUCAAUUAGAGGAAAGAUUGACAGAGCUUGAAACUGAAACCGCAGAGUUAAAGUCCUUUCAAGAGAUUGAGAAGGAACGCAAGUGCAUUGAAUACUGUAUCUUUACGUUGGAGUUGUCUAAUGCAAAGGAAUGUCUACAGAGGCUUGAUGCGAAGAGAAAUGAGUUUAUUUCUUCCCUCAACAAGGAUAAAGAUGCUGAUCUUAGCAUGAAAAGCAGCAUUGAGGCAACAGAGACACAGAUACGCAACUGUGCAAAGCGUAUUGCACAGAUGGAAACAGAGAUGAAGGUAUUGGAGAAGGAAAGAAUUGGAUUGACCAGCAAGAAGGCUAUUGCCCAGCUGGAUGCGGCUGAUGUGACCAAUGCAAUCAGCCGAAACGAAAAAGAGGGUAAAGCACUCCAAAAAGAAGCAGAGCAGCUGGUGAGUAAUACAGAGAAGGCGAAGAAGGACCUGGAAGCGAAGCGUGUCAACUUGUUUGAACAACAGAAAAACGUAGAGACAAGGAGCGGUAGUUUGACAAGUAUGGAGGCGAAGUUAGAAAGUCUUUUAGCCAAACGCGGUCGACGUAAACUGUUUAAGAACAAAGAAGAACGUGACAAGUGGCUUUCAGAGGAAAUGGAGCGGAACAGAACUAUUAUAGACACCCAUAGAAAAGAAAUUGCUCAUUUGGAGAAAAAUAUAGAUGAAGUUAACUCCCAGAUUCGUGACGAAGAGAGGCAACAGAAGGAAAAAGAGACGGUUUCAAAAACCGUUGAAUCACGGCUAGCAGAGCAUGAAGCUCAAAGAGGAAAGACGGUUUCUCUAAGGAAUACACUCAAUAUGGAGCGGAGGAAUUUGUGGCAAAAAGUCAACGAACAGGAGAAUGUCGUUCAGAGGCUUCAAGAUGAGCAUAAUCGCACACGACAACAGCUUGAACGUUCUGUCCGUCAUGAUAUUCGUCAGGGAUUACAGUCCUUAAAAGAAGUUUUGCACGAAGUGGGGGAUGAGCGGUUACGCAAAGCCGUCCAUGGACAGUUGAUUGAGCUCAUUGAGGUCGCCAAGGGGUAUGAGACAGCUGUUGAAGUGACAACAGGUAAUGCGCUCUUCAACGUUGUUGUUGAUUCCUUUGAGGUUAGUGCUGUCCUCCUCGAGCAAAUCAAUAUGAGGAAGAAGCCUGGGCGCAUAUCCUUCUUUCCACUGGAUACGUGCAGAAGUGAGGCAAUGCGAUUUGAUGGGAAAGAGGGGUGUACCUCCCUCAUGGAUCAUGUUUCAUGCAAUGCCAUGUUUAAGGGUGUGGUGGCUGAGGUCUUGGGAAGGACGGCCGUUGUGUCAUCCAUCGAGAACGGCGCGAAGGUUGUGAAACAAUACAACUGCGAUGCUGUGACAUUGGAAGGUGAUCAGCUUAGCCGCAAGGGAGGCAUCACAGGAGGGUACUUGGAGUCCCGUAACAUGAAAUUGGUCUCCUUCAAAAAUGAAAAGAUGAUUUCUGCAAAACUCUUGCAAGAACGAGCGACACUUGACAUGCUUUGCCAAGAAGUGGCUGUGGUCGAACAGAAGAUAACAAACGUUAUGAAUGAAAUUGAGUCCUUGAGGGGCGAAUUUGCUGUGGCAGAAAAUAAGGCUGAUGCAGAUCUUCAAGACGCUCGCCUUCACGACGAACGAAAGGCACGUCUCGAAAAGCAGAAGGAACAAUUCCUGGUGACUCGCAAGGCCUUGGAAAAGAGCAUGACUGAUGCGAAUAGUGCCUUGUCGGUUUUACAACAAGAAAUCAAGAACGAGUUCUCUUCUACAUGGAAACAGAGUGAGGAGAAGGAAUUGGAGUCUCUCAUGGUCGAAGUGGAUAAGUCUCGCCAAGAGCUCUCGUCAGUUCAAUUACGUACCGUACAAAUGGCCACAGAAGUGCAACUACUGGAGGAUACUCUUCAGAACAUGAAUCGGAGGAUGAAUAUUGUGCGUGAUCGCAUACGUGAGCUUGGUUGGUUCCAUACCAACAGGCAGUCCGUGGAGAAGGAGCAAGGUAACGUGGACGAGGAACUCUCUCAGGUUUCCAAACGGAUGGAUAUUAUUCGACGCGCGAUGGACGAGGCUUCGAGGGAAAAGCUCGCCCACGAGGAGAAGCUUGAGCUUUUAAAGAACAAGAAGAUCGCAUCCUCGAGAUCUGUACAAGAACACAAUGAAGAUGAGGAAAGAGCUCAAAUGCAGCGUACCCUCCUUGUACAGCGACGUAACGACGCUAUGGAGAAGAUACGACGUUUGGGUGUUGUUCCGAAGGGUGCCGAAACUUACUCCGGAAAGUCGCUGGGCAUACUGAUGCAUCAUCUAAAGGAAAACAAUGAAAAUCUGAAAAAAUAUGCACACGUAAACCGGAAAGCACUUGAUCAGUACUCGUCCCUAAUGGAGACGAAGAACGACCUGGUUGGCCAGAGAGACAACCUACAGAACGAAUUGAAGAGCAUCCACGAGCUGAUGGAGCACCUUGAUCGAAAGAAGGAUGAGGCUGUAGAGCGUACAUACAAACAGAUACAAUAUCAGUUUGAAGAGGUCUUCAAGGAACUCGUCGCAGCAGAGGAUUGCCGUGGUGAACUGCAGCUUGUCCAUUCCUCCGCGAAGAAAGAUGUAGGCGAGGACCCGUACAUUGCCACUCGCAUUCGCGUGACGUUUGGUCUUGGGACACCCGUAACAGACCUUGCUCAGUUGAGUGGAGGACAAAAGUCACUUGUUGCACUGGCACUGAUUUUUGCUAUUCAACGUUGUGANCCUGCGCCGUUUUACCUCUUUGAUGAGAUUGAUGCUGCACUGGAUGCAGAAUACCGCUCCUCAGUUGCGAAGCUGCUUCGUAAAGAGUCUGAAAACUGUCAGUUUAUUACUGCCACAUUCAAGAAUGAGAUGCUUGAGGCCGCCGAUAAUGUCCUUGGUGUAUUCUUUCACAACAAGGUAAGCCGCAUUCAGUCAAUAUCGCUGGACGAAGGUGUAAAGCUGCUGAAACAGGCAGCACUUGAAGAACGAAAACGAGCACGCGAAGUUGAGGAGUAA